AUGAAGAAUAUUGUAUUUUAUAAAACCUCACUCUUGAAAAAACAAAAUAAUGAGUAAGAAAAUAGAUACUUAUACUUGGUUGAAAAUUAUCUCAUAAUAAAUAAGGUAAGGUCUAUGAUUUAUUGGUCUAGAGAGAGAGUUUAAAUUCGAUUGAUAGGAAAUUUGAUCUAACUUAAAUGGACUAUCAAAUCAAAUGGAAUUAUGAGUAGCAUAGAAAUAUUAUUUAGAAAUAACAUUAUCAAAGAGAUGAUGGUGUAUAACACAAAAUAAAAUCAAAGAAUUGUAUAUUGUGAAAAACAUGAAAUUUUAUAAGACUUAUAGAACAAACUUAAUGGAAAAGCUUACUAUAGAAAUUUUAAAUAGUUUUACCAGAAAUUAGAGGUAAUUAAAUCUCAUAAAAAUGUCGAAGUAAUUUUCUUUAAUCCUUUUUAGAUUAUGAUAUGUAAAAAUUUAUUAACAGAGGAGAUUGUUAUUGCUAAAUAAGUGAAGUUCCCUAAAAUUAAGCCUACGGAUUUUGAAUAAAAUGUAAUAAGUUUCUAUUAAAUUUAGUCUUUCGUAAUGAAUGAGGCUAAGAUCUAUAUGAAAUUAUCUUAUAAUCCUCAUUAAUAUCUUUUAGGAGCAAGCUAAAUUUUCUUAUAUGAAUAGUCAAUUAUAUAUAUUAUGCAUCAUUGCAAAGGUGGAACACUCUAUGAAUAUCUAAUGGAGAAUGAUUUAAAUUUACCAGAAUUAGUAACAUAAGAAAUGAUGAAAAAAUUGCUAUAAGGAAUUGAUCAUCUUCAUAAACUUGGAAUUAUGCAUAGAGAUAUAAAAUUAGACAACAUUAUGUUAAUGAGAAAAAACGAUCCAAAUUCAAUAAAAAUUAUGGAUUAUGGAUACUCAUCAUUUAUUGAUGAGGAGAAAUUUUCUUAUUAAAGAUGUGGUACACCAGGAUAUAUAGCUCCUGAAAUUUUAAAUAUGAAUCAAUAUAAUGAAUUAUGUGAUAUAUAUAGUUUAGGGUGUGUGUUCCACGCUUUAUUAACUGGAAAAAAACUAUACCAGACACCUAAAUCAACUAAAGCUUCAGAAUUAUUGAUAUUGAAUAGAAAUAGCAUCAUUUCAUUGUCAUAAAUCUAUAAUCUCAAUGCUCUGGAAUUAUUGUAAUCGAUGAUAUCUGUGGCUUAAUCAAGGCCCAGUGCAGUAGUCUGUUUGCAGCAUUCAUAUUUUGAAGAAGAAUAGUUUUAGAUAGAAGAUCUAUGCACAUAGUAAUUUAUUAUUAUUAUUGUAGAUUAAGACAACUAGAUUUUCCUUAACUCAAAAAUCCAUUUAGAUCUUGA